GUUAACCAUUGUCUAUGGUCGCUGCCUACCCUGGUUGACUCUCUCUCUCUCUCUCUCUCUCUCUCUCUAACUAAGAGGUUUAGCUAGAAAUUAGUCUCGCCGGCGGCCAUGGCGCUGUGCGGCUUGUUCAAUCGGAGGAAAGCUAAUCGCCACCCCACUACAGACCAGCAACAGCUGACACAGCAAGCCUCCACUGAAAGUGGGCAGCCUCAGCUUGCUCCUCAAGCAACACAAGAGCAAUCGGAGCCUGAGCAUCCAAAAGCACCACCUAGUGGACUUGAGAAGCUUGAAAGUGUUCCAAAGUUUUAUACUUACGAACAACUAGCAAAGGCAACUGCGGAUUUCACCAACAACAACCUAAUUGGCGUGGGUGGUUGUGGUCAAGUUUAUAGGGGAGAACUUCCAGAUGGUGAAGUGGUUGCCAUUAAGAAGCUUAAGUAUGUUGCCGGACAGGCGGAAAUGGAAGGGGCGCAACUUCAAUUUGAGACUGAGAUUGAAACCAUUAGCCGCGUCCGUCACCGGAAUCUUGUGAAGGUCAUAGGAUACUGCAGUGAUAAAGCAGAUAAAUUGUUUGUUUGUGAGUUUGUUCCCAACAAAUCAUUGAAAUAUCAUUUGCAGAGAAAGGGAAAUCAGAUUAACAAUUGGUCAAACAGAAUGAAGAUCGCUUUGGGCUCUGCUAAAGGUUUGACAUAUUUGCACGAAGGAUGUACACCUACAAUCAUUCACCGGGAUAUCAAGAGCGAAAACAUUCUUCUCGAUCAUAACUUUGAACCAAAGAUUGCAGAUUUUGGACUUGCAAAGUUUUUUCCAAUAACUAAUAGUGUCACUCACAUCAGCUCUCAUUGGAAGGGAACCAACGUCUAUGCAGAUCCAGAAAAUUACAAUACUCAACAAGGUGAAUCUAUUCAACAACUUUCUGACAAAUCAGACGUCUAUUCUUUUGGUGUUGUGCUUCUGGAACUUAUUUCUGGAAGAAAAAUUAACGAUGAACAUCAAGUUGAUAUUGUGAAGUGGGCAAAGCCUUUGAUGAUCAAAGGAGAUUCAGUCGAAAUCAAUUACAGUAGUCUUGUUGAUUCCACAUUGAAAGGACAUUACGACGAAAAAGAAAUGGAAAUAAUGAUUUAUUGUGCUGCUGCUAGUGUAUAUCGACCUGCUAAACUUCGACCAAGAAUGAAACAGAUAGUUGAAGCUCUUGAAGGAAAAAUGUCUCCCAGUGAAUUAUGGGCUGUGCAAGAUGUUAAGUUUAUAUCUCGAAAGCCAAAUGAACUGGAACUGCAGCGUCCUUCGUUGCUGGAGAAAUUUGAUUUUGAUUUGCUAGCCGAGGCAGCUGGUCAUUUCUCAGGAGAACGACGCCUUCGACGGCAUGGCUCGUGUGAAGUCUAUGAGGGAGAGCUCCCAGGUAGUGAUCAAAGAAAGGUGGCAAUUAAGAAACUUGAUUACAUGUCCUUUAAACAGAAUAAAGAGGAAUUCGAGAAGGAGAUUAUGGCCAUUAGCAACGUUAAUCAUCGAAAUAUUGUUAAUCUAAUUGGAUACUGCAGUGAUGAGGAAGACAAUAGACUGCUUGUUUUUGAGUUUGUAGCCAACAAUUCCUUGAAAUUUCAUUUACAUGAAAAUGGAGGAUCAACUAUAGACUGGACAAGGAGAAUGGAAAUCGCCAAAGGCGCGGCCAGAGGAUUGAAAUAUAUGCAUGAAGACAGUGGACACAAAAUUUUACAUUUGUAUGUCAAGUCCGAUAACAUUCUUUUUGAUGAUAAAUUUAUACCAAAGCUUGCAGAAUUUGGAAGUGCCAAGAUUUUCCCGGAUUCUCUUACUCAUCUCUCUAUCAGCAAAUUUAAGCAAAAUUCCGGAUAUAUGGCUCCUGAGUAUCAAUCUACCAUCAAGUUGACUGAUAAGCUUGACAUUUAUUCCUUUGGUGUAAUUCUUUUGGAGUUGAUUACCGGGAAACAACCAUUUGGUCAUUUCAGUGGUCCCAAUGACAUGGUUAAUUGGGCUAAGCCACUGCUCUCACAAAGUCUGUUGGAAGGAAAGGACAAGUUGGAUUUUGUUGAUGAGAAAUUACAGGAGUACAACACUGAACAAAUGGAUCGAAUGAUUGCUUGUGUUUUAGCUUGCGUAGAUGAUGAUCCACAACGUAGGCCACGAAUGAGUCAGAUACUUGAUGUUCUGGAAGGGAAUAAAAGUUUGAAAGAAACAAUCAAGUUUCUAAAUCUGAAUCAGAUGAAAUCCGGGAAUUGAAAAUCCAGCAAAUGAUCCAGUUAUUCAUUUUCUUUAAAAAUUAAAAUUAAGGUUUAUUUUAUUUUAAGUUUCUGGCUGUUUUUAUUUCGAAUUCCACAUUAUGGAAUGACAAACCAGUAUGAAUUUGACAAGUAGAUAAAUUCAGUUAUUUAAAGAAGUAAAUUGCUAGAUUUUUUUUUUUCUAUA